AUGGAAAAAAUGACAGAGCUACUAGACCACGAUAACCAUGAAAUGAGGAAGAAAUUCCGCAAGUUUGUUAGUGACCCUGUUAUGAUACCUCGUUAUAAUUUGACACUCAGGGAAGAAAGAGACGUUGCGUUACAAAGACUACAAAGAAUAUGUGAUGCUGGUUUAAUUUCAGUCCUUGAUUUUAAAAAUAAUCCAUUGAGAAUUUUCGCCGCUCAUGAACUAGCAUCUGUAAUUGACCCAGCCAUGACAACUAAAAUGACAGUGCAAUUCAAUUUAUUUGGUGGAACAAUCUUAAAACUUGGAACCCAAAGACAUCAUGAUAAAUUGCUUAAAGGUAUAGAUAAUUUGAAUGAUGUGGGAUGUUUUGGAUUGACCGAACUCGGGUAUGGGAACAAUGCAGUUGAAAUGGAAACCACAGCCACUUAUGAUUCUGCUACAAAAGAAUUUAUUGUGAAUACACCUUCCACUCUAGCUCAGAAAUACUGGAUCACAAAUGGAGCUGUUCACGCUAAACAUUGUAUUGUCUUCUCUCAACUUAUUGUUGAUGGCAAAAAUCAUGGAAUCCAUGGUGUAUUGGUUCAGAUAAGAGAUGACAAUCUGAAAGUAAUGAAAGGUGUGAGAGUGGAAGAUAUGGGAUAUAAGAUGUCUGGAAAUGGAGUGGAUAAUGCCAAGUUAUUCUUUGAUAAUGUCCGAGUACCGAGAGAGAAUUUAUUGAAUCGCUGGUCUGAUGUUUCUGAAAAUGGGGAAUUUACAUCUUCAAUUGAGGGCAUAAGAAACAGAUUUUUAACAGUAGCUGAUCAGUUGUUAUCUGGACGAAUCUGUAUUGCUUCUAUGGCACAAGGUGCCAGUAAGGCCUCUUUAACUAUUGCUAUGAGAUAUGCAGCUACAAGACUCACUGUAGGUCCUAAAGGUAAAUCAGACACACCUAUCUUAGCCUACCAAUUACAACAACGAGCCUUACUGCCUUUAUUAGCUAAUACUUAUGCUAUCAAUUUUGGACUAGAUUAUGUAAAGGAUCGAUGGGCAUUCCAGAAAGAAGAUGGCUCAGAACAUCCUGAGGUUGUAACAAUGUGUUGUGUAAUGAAGCCAAUUGCCUCAUGGAAUACAGAAGAGGUAGCAUCAAUUUGUCGAGAGCGAUGUGGAGGUCAAGGUUAUUUAUCAUGUAAUAGGUUCGGUGUGUUUAUUGGUCUGGCUCAUGCUGCCAUGACAGCUGAAGGUGACAAUAGUGUAUUAAUGCAGAAAGUUGCUAAAGAAAGACUGUCUGUAUUUAAACCAAGAAAACUAGAAGCACCGAAAGAGGAUCUGUCCAGUUUCGAGUAUUUACAAUAUUUAUUGAAUCAACGUGAACAAGUUUUAUUUGGAACUCUGGGAAAAAAGAUGAUGGAAGCAGGAAAAGCAGGAAUCUUUGAAACUUGGAUGUUAAAAGAAAGUGAUUUAGUUCAGGCUGCUGCCAGGUCGUUUGGUGAUAGAUUGAUUAGUGAUCAGUUUGCAGCCAGAUUAUUAGAUGCUGAUAAAUCUUUACAACCAAUAUUAACUCAGUUAUAUCAUCUAUAUCUGAUUAAUAUCCUCGAGAAGAACCUAGGGUGGUUUGUUACUUCAGGUGUAUUACCUGUCAAACUAGGAGCUCAGGUGAACACUGUAGCAGGUGAUUUAUGUCGUCAGCUUUCACCACAAGCUUUAAAUCUAUGUGACGGUUUUGCUCUGACUGAUACAAUGCUAUCAGCUCCUAUAGCUUUAGAUUGGGUUGAUUAUAAUGUUGGUGAUAAUCAAGGAGAACUGAUUCCAGAAAGUCGACUUUAA